AUGUUCUCGCCAUCUGUGCUGCUGCGGUCCCGCAUCCCGGACACUGGCCACCACACCACCGCCACUUUCAAGUGGGCCACCUACACUUUCUGGUACUUUCUAGAUCCCGCCCUGCGCCGUCAUCACUGGUACUAUCGACGUAAGGUACAGCUGGACCGCUUUCUGGAGAGGAACAGCAUUGCGACAAACUCGUUGAUUGGCGUGAUUUUCGGAGUCACAGUGUACUUUAGCGUUAUCUGUGGUGCCCUGCUGCCGCCAGCGGUGGGGGCGAAGGAGCACUCAAUGAAGGAAAACGCGCGCGAGGUGCUCAACUUGAUGGAGUGCGACACGUCCAAGGAGCUGCCGGCGUAUCAGCUCAUGCGCGUGAAGCGAGAGAUCAUCGGCAAGCUACACGCCGUCGCGGACGAGGCCGAGGUGCGGCGCCAACGCGAAGAGGCGGAAAAGCUCAGUGAGCUGCUCAAGAGUCUAUCUUGA